AUGCCGAAUUUCAAACCUGCACCGCCAACCAACUCAACAAGACCACAUCACUACAACAAAAAACCCUUCCCAAAAAUCUACAAAGAUGGCGUCCUGGCCACUUCCGGUCACGUGAUAAUCAUACGAAGCGCUAACUACGGACGUAUGCACAUCGGAAAAUGCGCUACGAAAAAUUACGGCGACGUCGGGUGCCAGCACGACGUCACGAAUCACGUGACUUCCGCUUGCUCGGGAUUGGAUAGCUGCAAGGUCUACGUACCGGAUGAUUGGCUGAAAAGUUUGCAGCCUUGCCCGAAAGACUUCGCCCCCUUUCUUGUAGUCAGCUACCGAUGUUUGCCAGAAAGCAUAUAUACCUUUGAUCUACAGGGCAAGACAAUUCGAAGAAAAUAA